AUGAGACGUUGGUCCCUAUCUUUUUUCUCUCAGCCUAUUAAAUUAGUGAAAGUGAUCACAAGGUGUUCGUUGAAAGAGAAGGAGGAGAUAAUGGAUGGAUCCUCACUGUUUCAUUCCCCGAUUCCGUGGUUGAUGAUCAUCCUGGCGGUGGCGGUGACGGCGGAGUUGCUGGCGGUGGUGGAGGGCAAGUACAUGGUUUACAACACGUCCGGCGAAAUUGUCCCUCACAAGGUCAACGUUCACUUAGUUCCUCACACACAUGAUGAUGUGGGGUGGUUGAAGACUGUUGAUCAGUACUACGCAGGUACUAAUUCCUCCAUUCGGGUCAAGCCCCCGGCCGGAGCCUGCGUCCAGAACGUGUUGGAUUCUGUGAUUCAAGCUCUACUGGAUGACCCCAAUCGCAAGUUCAUUUAUGUUGAAAUGGCAAGUUCCCAUUUUAAUGGAGGAAUGUGUAUGCAUGAUGAGGCAACCCCACAUUACAUUGACAUGAUUGAUCAAACCACUCUUGGGCACCGUUUUAUCUAUCGCGAGUUCGGCCAGAGACCUCGAGUUGGCUGGCAGAUCGACCCUUUCGGUCAUUCUGCAAUUCAGGCUUAUUUGCUUGGUGCCGAGCUAGGAUUUGACUCGCUGUUCUUUGCACGGAUUGAUUACCAAGAUAGAACUAAACGGAAAAAUAACAAGUUGCUUGAGGUCGUUUGGCGGGGAUCUAAAUCACUUGGCUCAUCAUCACAGAUAUUUACUGGGAUAUUCCCUGUCCAUUAUAAUCCUCCGGAUGGGUUCUCAUUUGAAGUUAAUGAUAUGUCCUUGCCAAUUCAGGACGACCUCACCCUCUUUGACUAUAAUGUUGAAGAACGUGUCAACGAUUUCGUUCAAGCUGCUAUAAUACAGGCAAAUGUAACCAGGACAAAUCAUAUAAUGUGGACUAUGGGGGAGGAUUUUCGAUAUCAAUAUGCAAAUUCAUGGUUCAGACAGAUGGAUAAGUUUAUUCAUUAUGUGAACCUGGAUGGUCGUGUGAAUGCUUUGUAUUCUACACCAUCAAUAUAUACCGAAGCAAAGCAUGCUGCUAAUGAGGAAUGGCCCCUUAAAACUGGUGACUUUUUCCCGUAUGCUGAUAAUGAUAAUGCGUAUUGGACUGGUUACUUUACCAGUAGACCAGCCUUGAAAGGUUACGUUAGAAUGAUGAGCGCAUACUUUCUGGCCGCGAGACAGCUGGAAUUUUUCAAAGGCCGAAGUACCAUCGGACCAAACACCGAUGCACUGGCUGAUGCUCUUGCACUUGCUCAACAUCACGACGCCAUCAGUGGAACAGAAAGGCAACAUGUGGCUGCAGAUUAUGCUAUGCGACUUUUUGUUGGCUAUAAAGAAGCAGAGGAAGUGGUUGCAUCUUCUCUAGCUAUGUUAACUGAGUCAAAACUGGCAUAUGGGAACAAGGAGCCAGUGACCAAAUUUGAGCAGUGUCCUCUACUGAAUAUAAGCUACUGCCCACCAUCAGAAGCCAAUCUAUCUGGUGGGAAAAGUUUGGUUGUUGUCGCCUAUAACCCUCUAGGAUGGAAAAGAAAGGAAGUUAUUAGAAUUCCUGUUUCUUCUGAGGAUUUGGUUGUUUGGGAUUCUGAUGGAAGAGAAAUUGAGUCUCAACUAAUUCCUAUCUCAAAUGCAUCUUUGGUUACAAGAAAUUAUCAUGUAAAAGCAUAUUUGGGUAGAUUAUCAGAUAGCAGUAACUCAGACAGGUAUUGGCUUGCCUUUUCAGCAUCAGUACCGCCCCUUGGAUUUAGCACUUAUAUUAUCUCAAACUCAAAAUCUACAGGUUUUUCUAGAUCUUUUGCCUCUGAAUUGCAUUAUCCAUCAGAAGGAAAUGAUGAUAAAACGAUUACAGUUGGCCAAGGGAAUUUGAAACUGCUUUACAGUGUAGAUGACGGGAAACUUGCUAGAUAUAUCAAUAACAGGAAUUCGGUCACGACAUCUGCUGAGCUAUCAUACAGCUAUUACGCUGGUUAUAAUGGCAUUGGAAGAGUGGAUCAGGGUUCCGGGGCAUAUAUCUUCCGACCGAAUGGUACCUUCCCCUUAAAACCCAGCCCCCAGGACCCUCUGAUGGUUGUACGUGGUCCCAUAUUGGAUGAAAUACAUCAACAUUUCAGUUCAUGGUUGCAUCAGAUUACUCGGGUGUAUAAAGACAAGGAACAUGCUGAAAUUGAGUUCACUAUUGGUCCCAUUCCUGUGGAUGAUGGUGUUGGAAAAGAAGUAACAGUUCAAAUUGCUACCUCCUUGACGAGCAACAAAACAUUCUAUACAGAUUCUAAUGGGAGAGAUUUCAUAAAACGAGUGCGUGACUACAGAGAUGAUUGGGACUUGCAAGUCAAUGAACCAGUAGCUGGAAAUUACUACCCUAUAAACCUGGGAAUCUAUUUGGAGGAUGAAGCCACAGAACUUUCAGUUUUGGUGGACAGAGCAGUUGGUGGAACAAGCCUGGUUGAUGGUCAAAUAGAACUCAUGCUUCAUAGGAGGUUGCUUUGUGAUGAUGCCAGAGGUGUCGGAGAGGUUCUAAAUGAAAAAGUUUGUGCCGAAGAGAGCACUUGCCAAGGCUUGAUGAUUCAAGGAAAAUUCUAUGUAAGAAUUGAUCCUCGAAGAGAAGGGGCGAAAUGGCGCCGCACAUUUGGACAGGAAGUUUAUUCACCAUUUCUUCUUGCAUUUUCUGAGGAGGAUGGAAAUCACUGGCUGGCAUCUCACAGAGCAUCAUUUUCCUUGGUUGAUCCUUCCUACAGUUUGCCCAAUAACACUGCAAUUCUCACUCUCCAGGAACUCGAAGAUGGCAAAGUACUGAUUCGGCUGGCUCACCUAUAUGAGAUUGGAGAAGAUGAAGACUAUUCUGUCACAGCAAAUGUGGAACUCAGGAAGCUUUUCUCUGACCGUAAGAUAAGCAAGAUUGCGGAAAUGAAUUUGUCAGCAAAUCAAGAAAGAAGCGAGAUGGAGAAGAAGAGACUUGAUUGGAGGGCAAAAGAAGGGUGUAAUGAGCAACAGAAUGAAGAUGGUUUGAAGAGAAGAGGUGGACCUGUGGAUGCAGAAAAGCUGUGGGUAGAAUUGGGUCCAAUGGAGAUUCGGACAUUUGUCGUUGAAUUCGAACUUCUCAGAAUGUUUGGUUCUUAG